AUGAAACAUGAUUAUGGUAAAGCUAUGGCACUUUCCAUUCUGUUUUAUGAUGCCCAGAGAUCCGGAAAACUUCCUUCUAAUAAUCCAAUCUCAUGGAGGAGUGAUUCCGCAAUGCAGGAUAAUGGUGAUGGUCAUGAUCUCACGGGAGGAUGGUAUGAUGCUGCAGAUCACGUAAAAUUCAAUCUUCCCAUGGCCGAAGCAGCACAUGUUCUCGGAUGGGGAUUAGAAAAAUUCAAAGACGCUUAUGAACACGAUGGAAAACUGAACGAUAUGUACGAUUGUCUGAGAACUCCACUCGACUAUUUUCUCAAGUGUUGGGUUCCUGACCAAAAGACCUAUUGGGUGCAGGUUGGUGAUGUCGGUGCAGAUCAUAGUUACUGGGGAAGAGCAGAAGACAUGCAGAUGACAAGACCCGCAUAUAAGAUUCGUCCUGGAGCACCAGGAAGUGACGUUGCAGGGAAUACUGUCGCUGCUUUAGCAGUAGGAUCGAUUGUUUUCAGACAAAAAGAUGGACAAUACAGUACAAGGCUAUUGGAAGCAGCAAAAACCUUAUAUGAUUUUGCCAAAGCAAAUCCUGGUUUAUAUUCAGAUAGCGUACCCCAAGCAAAAGCAUUUUACGGUUCCUCAGGAUGGAAAGACGAAAUGUGUGAAGCAGCUGCUGAAAUGUAUAAGGCAACGACUGAAAACAAAUACUUAGAAGACGCAAAAACAUAUUACGAGUCAGCAACAGCCUGGGGAUAUUCUUGGGAUGUCAAACAACCAGGCUGCCAGCUUCUUCUAUGGGAAAUAACUAAAGAUGAUAAAUAUAAAGCAAAUAUAGAAGCCUUCAUAGAUUCCUAUUUACCUGGUGGGUCUGUUCCAAUUACACCUUGUGGACUGUCAUGGAGAGACCAGUGGGGACCUAACAGAUAUGCUGGUAAUGCUGCUUUUAUUGCCGUUAUUGCUGCUGCUGACGGGAUUGGUGGCGAUAAAUUUAAGAAUUUCGCCAUGUCACAAAUAAACUACAUACUGGGUGAUAACAAUUAUAACAUGAGUUAUGAGAUAGGAUUUGGAAAUAAUUAUCCGAUGAGACCUCAUCACAGAGGAGCUUCAUGUCAACAAAAUAGAUGUGUCAGCCAUUCCGAAGACAAUCCAAAUACUUUACUUGGUGGACUUGUAGGUGGACCAGGGCGUAAUGACGAUUAUCAGGACAGACGUGAAGAAUUUGUCAAAAAUGAAGUGGCAUGUGAUUACAAUGCUGGUUUCCAAACUGCAUGCGCAGGUCUUUACCAUUUUGCAAUCAGUAACCAGCUGCCUCCAUCUCCACCUUCGAAAUGUUGAGUUUUAUUAUUAAUAAAUAUAGAAAUACUGUCGACUCUCGAUAUCUCGAAGUCAGCCGGAACAGAGAAAUAUUUCGAAAUACCCAUAGUUCGACUCAAACGAAUACCAGAAGUUUAACAGACCA